GUUUGCGUAAAGAUAGAUUGAACAUUGAGAGAGCAGUCAAGCAGCAUGGCAUUCACCAAAAAGGAACAGAAAAAAUUAUUCAAAUUUUAAAAUGAAAGGACAAAAUGAAAAUUAAAAAUAUUUAGAUUAAUUGAAGUUAUUCUGUUGAUGGAAAUUAACUAGCAAAAUGAACAGAUCAGAUAUAGAUUUAUUCAGUGAAUUUGAAAAGGCAAAUGUUUUAUCACCUGAGAGCAGGAGAACAUUUGAAGAGGUGAUGAGGAAGAAUUAUCUGGAUAAUCCUAUCGUCAAGCUACCUCUGGAAUUUAUUAUCCUAAACCAUGCAUUGCAUUGCUUGACACUAAUCAUCGGAACUGGAUUGAAUGUUAUAUUACUUAUAACAGUUAACAUAUCGGGAGAUUUCCAAUCGAAAACGGAAAAGAUGACAACAUUAAUAUCAUGGGUGACAUUAUUUAUGUGUGUUCUAGCUCCGAUUCUAGGCAUAGCGAAGUUCUCAACAUCAGGCUCUGAUGUGGUUGUGUCGUUGUGUACGAUACAAUCAGCGGUGUGUAACUUUAACCAGGGAUUCCAGGUGUGGACAGUGAUGUUAAUAGGCAUGUUAAGAUACCUACAGGUUAUGUAUCUUGAUAGAAUGCAGCGGAUUCCCUGCCACAGAGUAAUCCUACUCUGUAUCUCAUCAGCCAUCUUUGUUGGGCUCGGGGCUACAUUUCGUAUCAACAUCGCAAGCCAGGAGAUUUCUUUAUGGUCUAUUGGCUGUCACCUUGAUGAUGACACACAAUCAAAGCAGCUCCCGAUUUUGGCGAUUAUCAUUCCAUUUUGCGUGACUCUUAUGAUAUUAACAUAUUGUAUGAUAUGUUACAAGACUUAUCAUCACAAGAGACGAGUUCACGUUCGCGUGAUUCAAGUACGCAGCUAUUCUUCAGUCCCUAUCUCAUCCCCUGUACCAGUGAUUAGUUCCAACUACAGACCUGACAUCUCAGCCUGUCACACAAUCCUCCAGAUUUUGCUCAUCUAUUGUGUGCAGUACAUAUUAAGCCUCGCUCUGUGCCUAUUGGAGACAUUUAGUAUGGACAGUGAGCUAAGAGCUAAGGUGUUCUGUCUAAUAGUACCAGGGAUCUCGCUUCUCUUCAGCACAUCUAACCCAGUUGUGUUUCUGAUUACCAGUAAACACUUCAGAAAACGUUUAGUGUAUAAUUUGAGGAUGUUUUGGUUAUAUUUGACAUUUGCAUGCCUUGAACAAGAUCAGGUUGAAUCAGAGCCUGCUAGUCCAUUAGGAUUUCAACUGCCUUUUAGAAAUGCUAGUCCAUUAGGUGCAACUCCAGAGUUAAUGGAAACUCGAUUUUAGCUGUUUCUAUACAGUAGAGUUAUCUUGAGUGUAUAGUUAGGUUGCUUCAAUUUGCAAGUGUGCUCAAUUGUGCAUGUGUGACUAAAUCUGCAAUCAUGCUCAAUGGGGAAGUUUGCUUAACUGUGCCGAAAUGAACAAGUAAGCUUAAAUGUGCAUGUGUGACUAAAUCUGCAAUCAUGCUCAAAUGGGGAAGUUUGCUUAACUGUGCCCAAAUGAACAAGUAAGCUUAUAUCUGCAUGUGUGUUUAAAUGCACAAGUGUGAUCAAAUCUGCAUGUGUGCUCAAAUGUGCAACUGUAAGUGUGCUCAGAUGUGCAAGUGUGCUAAGAUGACUGGCAGACAACUGGUAGGGCUACAAGGAACAUGUAUCAAAAUCAUGUAUUAAAUGAUAUCAAUUUGACA